UAUUAAUCUAUUGAAAAAAAAAACAGUUAUUUUCAUAUUAUAAACAGACAAUCCAAUUUUAUCUACAUGUAUAGAUGGAAACAAAUUCCCAUUCACGCUUUGCAACACAAGUGUCAUAUCCUCAGUCUUGUCUUUGCCACGUGAUAUAAAACCUCUUUGGGUGUAUACCGGUAUUCGCGAGGAUACUAUACCUCGCGUAAAAAUGAUCUUAUUUUCAUUAAACAUUACAAUUUUACACCAAAACAUACCGUCGAACAGCAAAGACGUUUUCAACAAUUUCUUGAAUAAUUCAAAUAUUUAUUUAGCUGAUAAUAAUUAAGCAUAAAUUAAUAAAAAUCAUGUCAGUAUUUAUAAUUUUACAACAACGAACGCACGUUUCUAUUUAAAUUCGUUAUAUUUUCGAAAUGUUUUUAAUCGCGCGUUCUUAAGUUUGAAUUUCGAAGACAUUUAGUUUUUAAUAAUAUUUGAAGUUUCACAAAAUGGAGUGCCAAUAUAAAGAAAUAAUUGAAAUAGAAAAUAAGAAGAAAAUUUUCAAAAAAUGCCAAUGGGUGCCAUUUUUCCGGCAGUUGCUGGUAUCCAGUGGUGUUUGGGUGGUAUACUUCGGGACCGGCCUCUGCAUGGGCGCUCCCACCGUCCUCAUCCCUCAAUUAAGGAGAGAAGCAAAUUCCACUGAUGCUGUGUCUCCAGAAAUGGCGUCUUGGUUAUCAUCAAUAUUCGGCUACACAGCAAUCCCGUGGGUCUUCAUACUCUCCGGACUUAUGAAACUUAUCGGGCGAAAGAAAACCUUUACUUUAGUAACGUUAAACAGCAUAGCAAUGUUUGUCGCUUUUUAUAUAAGCAAUAACGCAAACCAAUUGCUUUACAGCGAGAUAUUACAAGGAAUGACACAUGGAAGUAGCGUCACGGUUUCAGUAAUCGUAAUCUCUGAAUACACAUCUCCUAGGUACAGAGGAUUAUUUUUGACAAUUAAAUCUGCAACUUUGCUUUGGGGUAUGUGGGCGUCAAACACAAUAGGAGCGUUCUUCCAUUGGAAAUAUAUCCCAAUGUGUGGAAUGAUAUGUUCAAUUUUUCCUUUGACAGUCUUCAUUUGGCCCGAGUCGCCAUAUUGGUUGGCUACCAAAGGCAGGUACGACGAAUGCGCGGCCGCUCACAGAUGGCUAAAAGGCUCGGAUCCAGAUUCAGAAAAAGAAUUAGAAACGUUAAUGGAUUCUCAAAUUAAAACUAUAAAACAGGAGCGAAAAGUCUCGUUGUCUUUGAUUUUGAAAACUGUCAAAUUGAAGGAAUUUUAUAAACCGUUGUUGUUGUCACUUUUAAUGGCGGGACAAUAUCAUUUUUCGGGUAAAUUCGUUUGUAGUAUAUAUUCAAUUGAAAUUAUUAAGCGGAUAACUAAAAACGAUUCGGCUGCGUACAUGGGAAUGUUAAUUUUGGACGGCGUUACAGUAUUUAGCAUGUACAUUGGUUGCGGUAUCGCGAAAGUAUUAAAACGACGAACGUUACUGUUAAAUUCAUCUGCUGUUGGAAUUUUAUUUCUGUUUAUCAUCUCAGGAUAUUUAUAUUCCGUCAAAUUGCAAUUAAUUGAGGAGAAUAAAUAUGUUUCUAUAUUUCUACUAUCCUGUUUUUCUUUGUCAAUAAGUUUAGGACCGAUGAUAAUGGCAACUUCAAUUUACGGCGAGUUAGUACCUUUAAGGUUCAAAAGUUCUUGUGUUAUAACAAUAGCCGUUGUUUUUAAUGCAUUGCAUGCGACUUUGCUGAAAGGAUCUCCGUACAUUUUCAAAACAUUAGGCCUUCAUGGAAUGUUCCUCUUUUACGGCAUAUCUGCUUCAAUAUUCACGAUAUUAAUUUAUAAAUAUUUGCCAGAGACUAAGGAUAAGACUCUGCAAGAAAUUGAGGAAUAUUUUAAAGAUGAUAAGACUGAAGUAAAAGAAAAAUUGUUUGUCAAAGAUGAAUUAAGGCAUUUAGGUUAUGUGUAA